AUGAAUUCCACCAAUACUACUUUGGCUCUACCCACCAUCAAGCUUAACGAUGGAAACGAAAUUCCAAUGAUAGCGUACGGUCUAGGAACUGCAAACUUCAAGAAGGGAGGGAGAACCGAUUACGACGAGAACGCGUUCAACUAUACGUUGAAUGCAAUAAAGAGUGGGUUCUAUCACCUCGACGGUGCUUCAUCAUACGGGAACGAGGAGGAGCUCGGGGCAGCUAUCAGAGCAUCCGGCGUUCCGCGGGAAAAGCUCUAUGUUGUCACCAAGCUCAACGGCUGGAAGAAGCACGACGUACAGAACGCUUUUGAUACCUCGUUGAAGAAACUUAGGCUUGAUUAUGUGGAUUUGUACCUCAUCCACGCACCGUUCUUCGCGGAGAAGCCUGAAGAUUUACAGGAAGCUUGGGCUACCCUCGAACUCAUCAAAGAGUCUGGAAAGGCUAAGUCCAUCGGCGUGUCUAACUUCAUACAAGAGCAUCUUGAGACCAUCCUCGCCACAGCCAAAAUCCCACCAGCAAUCAACCAAAUCGAGUACCAUCCCUAUCUACAGCAUGGUAAUCUCAUAGAGUACCAUCGCAAGAAAAACAUAGCUAUAUCGGCAUAUGCGCCUUUAACGGCUAUUAUACGCGCAAGGCCAGGUCCUGUAGACGCUCUUUAUGAGAACUUGGCCAAGAAGUAUGGUGUCACUGAAGGGGAUAUUGCGUUGCGCUGGUGUAUUGAUCAGGAUAUUGUGGUUAUCACAACGAGCUCGAGCGAGGAGAGGCUAAAGAGUUAUAUGAGGAAUGUGUGGAGCUUCAAGCUGACGUCUGAGGAGAUUGAGGGUAUUGCGAUGAUGGGGAAGCAGAAGCACUUCAGGGCGUUUCAGAAGCAGUGGAUUGCAGAGGGAGAUUGGCGAUAG